AUGGAUGAAGUAUUUAUGAAAGCGUCACUUUGUUAUUUAACAAAUCGUUGUGAUGAAGGUUUUGAAUUAAUUAAUUUAUCAAUAAAAUCGUCGAAUAAUGAUAUAUAUCUUAAUUGGGAAGAAGAAGAAGUUUUUUGUCUUAUAUCAAUGAAUAUAAUUGAAAAAAGAUUUCAAUCAUGGAUUCGUCUAAAUCGUAUUUUAGUUAAAACAGAUCAUUUUAAAAAAAGACAAUCAAUUAAAAUUUAUAUUAAAAUUAUUUUAAAUGAAAUUAAUUUAUAUUCAAAAAAUAUUUUCUUAUUAAUUAAUAAAUAUUUGUUAAAACCUUCAAUAUCAGUUCAUCUUAGAAUUUUUUAUCUUAAAAUUCAAGGUGAUAUUCAUUUUCUUCUUAGUCAAACAUCGAUAUCAGAAAAAAAACUUGAACAUAUGCAUUCGUCAUUAAAUUUUUAUAAUCAAUCAUUAGAAAUUUGUUAUCAUCAUGCAUUUUAUCAAUUAUUAUUAUCAAUAACAUACAAUAAAGCAUUAGUAUUGCAAUUUCUGUUUUUCUUUUUUUUAUUUAUUUAA